UCUUUUUGUUUGUCUUCAGGAAUUCUUCCCUGCUCCUCAUCGCUGUGGUGUUGUGGUUCUCUGCCAGUGGGAUCAGAUGCAAAGAGCUGGAGGUGCAGGGGCUCCUGCAGGUUCUGGUGGUGUAGACGAAGACAUGGCAGACGGGGACCUGGGGAAUGGCACAAGAACCAAACCCAGGACUGAGUCUAUGAUCCAGAGGAGCCCCAGCUGCUCCGGACUCAGCUCACAGGAGGGGAACCACAGGGCGUCUGAGGUUGGCUGGAGUCCAAAGGUUCCAUGGAGCUACUCACAGUUGCACAGCAUUUCCAGGUCGGGCUGCAUUGACGAGCUGUCCAAAGAGGAGCUCAGAGAUGGACUUCGGAAGGCAAUGGAGACCAUCGAGCUGCUGCAGACUGAGCUGGAGGUGGCUCACAGAUACCUGGAGGGAAAGUACGCCGCUCUCAAAGUCCUCCAGGGACAGGCCAUCCUGGAGAGGGCCACCAGUCACACCAAGAACCUGCUGCAGAAGAGUGAGGAGCGUGCCAAAGCUCUGGAGAAGGAGGUGAACACAUUGCAGUGGGAGCUGAGCCUGAGCCAGCUGCGCCUGCGCAAUUCAGAGCAGGCCUUUGAGAAGAACUUCUACAGGAUGCUGAGUGAGAGGAACAGUCUGAGUGAAGCCCUGAAGCAGACUGAGCUGGAGAAGAAGCAGCUCCUCAGCUAA